AUGGCCAACGAACAGCCCUUUGAAGAGUUCUCCGAUGAGGAGGUCACCUCCUCCUCAGAGUCCGAGCAGUCUGAGCUCGAAGAAACCACCCGCCAGCGCAAACCGCAGACUGUAUUUGACGAGAAGGAUUCAGACGAAGAGGAACUCGAGCGAUUGGUCCUUGGAGGGAAGGCCGACUUUCGCGAACAACUUUUCCGCAACGAUGUUUUGGGCGAUAUCGAACGAUUGGAGAAGGAGAGGAACCAACAACUUGUGAAGCAGGACCAGACGACACAAGAGGAUGUCGCCGACCAUGACCUUUUCAUGGUUGACACCGGUGUUCCCUCGACUAAGGGCUCGCAAGCCGGCAAGCAGCAGCCCGCCGCCGUUGAUCCCAAUGCACCGGCAUGGGAGGACAGUGAUGAUGAGCGAUUGACGGUUUCCUUGGCGAACGCGACAAGGUUACGGAAGCUGAGAAUCAGCGAGGGCGAGGACGUCGUUAGCGGCGCCGAGUACAGCAGAAGGUUGCGACAGCAGUUUCUGCGACUGAACCCCUUGCCGAAGUGGGCUCAAGAAUCCGAAGAACGCCCAUCGAAGAGGAGAAGAAGAUCGUCAGCCGCUGCCUCCGACUCCUCCAUCAGCUCCGACGAGGAGGGCGGCGACGAUGACCUGUCCGCCGCACCCCUGGAGAAGUUCCUCCGCGACGUCCACCGCCUUGCGGGCAAGGACUCGAAUGGUAGGACCCGCCUCAGGCCAGAGACCAUCGACAUCCAGCGCACGCGCGAGAUCCCCGACGCUCACAAGGCCUCCGUCAACAAUCUCUCCUUCCACCCGAAAUACCCCGUCCUCCUCUCCUCCAGCGUCUCGUCCGUCCUGUACCUGCACCACAUCAAUCCGACGGCACACCCUACCCCGAACCCGAUGCUCACCUCCGUGCAAGCGAAGGGCGUCGACGUCCGCCGCGCCGAGUUCCUCUACCCAUCAGGCAACCAGAUCUUCUUUGCCGGUCGUCGCAAGUUCUACCACAGCUGGGACCUCGAGACUGGCCAGGUGCAGAAGACCGCCCGUGUCCAGGGCCACCAACACGAGCACAAGACGAUGGAGCGCUUUAAGCUCAGCCCUUGUGGCCGGUACAUGGGUCUCGUUGCGUCCACCAGGAAGGGCGGUGGUAUUGUCAACAUCAUCAGCACCGAGUCCAGGCAAUGGAUCGCCUCGGCACGCCUCGACAGCAGACACGGUAUCGCGGAUUUCGUGUGGUGGAGCAACGGCGAGGGUCUCAGUAUUCUUGGCAAGGACGGUUCCGUCGGCGAGUACUGCGUGGAUGACCGCAAGUUCCGCGCCGUAUGGCAUGACGAGGGCUGUGUGGGCGGCAUCGUCAUCGCUUUGGGAGGCCACCAGGGCCCCGAAUUUUUGGGCGAGGACAGGUGGGUGGCGAUCGGUUCCAGCAGCGGUAUUACCAACAUCUACGACCGCGAGGCGCUCGUCACAAAGUCCAAGGCGGGCGAGGUCAAGGUUGUGGAGCGCCCCGAACCGACGCGCACCUUUGAGCAGCUCGUCACGCCCAUCACGACGCUGACGUUCUCUCCGGACGGCCAGCUGAUGGCUUUUGGUAGUUAUGAGAAGAAGGACGCGCUGCGUUUGGUACACCUGCCUACUUGCACGGUCUACAGGAAUUGGCCCACGGCGCAGACGCCUUUGGGCAGAGUCACUGCUGUUGCGUUUGGAAGGCAGAGCGAUCUGCUGGCGGUUGGUAAUGACACGGGCAAGAUUAGACUGUGGGAGAUACGGUCCUAG